AUGAGUAAAUGGGGAUGGAGAUUCUUAUCGGAUAGAGAGUCGGUUUGGUUCAAAUUUUUGGAGUUUAGGUAUGGUAAGGGUAUGGAGGCUCUUUGCGGAAUAAUUCCCAAUAGGAUCCUAUUGAAAGCGUCGCUUUGGUGGAGGGAUGUUCGUAAUGUUUGCGGGUUUGAAGUUAACGAUAGACCUUGGUUUUCGGAUUGCAUCUCUUGGAGAUUAGGGGAUGGAGAAUCUAUUUGUUUUUGGGAUCAUGCUUGGAUGGGCCAUACGCCUUUUAAGGUGAUUUUCCCUCACCUUUACGGUUUGUGUUCUCCUUCUAAUCCUAUAUCUUCUUCUUCUUCCUAUGUUUCUUUUGUCGCCAAUAUGGGUGUUUGGGUGGAUAAUGUGUGA